AUGUACUACACUUAUUCAAGGUCAAAUGCGUCUCUAUCUUCAUCGCUAGAUUCAAAGAGACACUGCUUACACCACGGAUUCCAACCUAAUCGGUACGCCAGCCCCAAGAAGAAGGACUUUUUCGAAGUACACUUGGAGAACAGCUGCAGAUUGCUUCUCCCGUGUUCCUCGUAUCUGCAGUAUUUGCUUCCCUCCUUUGCUCCAAUUAAGCAUAGGAUUGCACUAGACAGUUUAAACUUCUUCUUUUCCUUGUCCUCCUUUAUAUUCGUACUUGAAUCUUACGCCGUAACCAACAACUACAACACAUGUUCCCCUCAACCACACUCCCCUCAACCACACUGCUCUUCCGAGAUCUCCUUGCAGAACAGACAUUCCGCGUGUGCUCCUCGGGUUGUUGAUUUUCUUACAGCUUGUUUUUUUUUACCUCUUUCUUCGCUCGGUUUGUGGAAAUUGCCAUUUUUCAUCUCUUUCCACAUGAGAUCAAGACGAAAAAACCGUUUCAAAUAUCGUUGA